AUGCCCUGCUGCUUCGACGGCCUCAGCGCCAAGCUCAUCGAGCGCGCAGGCUUCGAGGUGACCUUCAUGACGGGCUUCGGCGUGUCCGCCGUCCACGGUGUGCCGGACACUCAGCUUCUGUCCUUCGGUGAGAUGGUCCGCACUGCCGCGACAGUCUGCGAGUCGCUGCGCCACGUGCCGUGCAUCGGCGACGGAGACACGGGCUACGGCAACGCCAUGAACGUCAAGAGGACGGUGGCCGCCUACGCCCAGGCGGGCAUGGCUGGCAUCAUGCUGGAGGACCAAGUGUCCCCGAAGCGAUGUGGGCACACCGCCGGCAAGGCGGUUGUCUCGCGCGACGAAGCGUUCGCGCGGGUGCGUGCAGCGGUGGACGCUCGCGCCGAGGGGGGAUUCGACAUUGUCAUCAUGGCGAGGACGGACGCCCGAGGAACUCACUCGCUGGAUGAGGCCAUCGCCCGCUGCAAGGAGUUCAAGAGACUCGAGGCUGACAUCACGUUCCUCGAGGCCCCGCAGUCGGUGGAGGAGAUGGAGACGUACUGCAGAGAAGUGCCAGGCCCCAAGAUGGCCAACAUGGUGGAGAACGGGCUCACGCCGGUGCUGCUGCCCGAGGAACUCGGCAAAAUGGGCUACAAGUUGGCGGCGUACCCGAUCACGCUGCUGAGUGCCAGUAUCAAGGCGAUGGAGGAGGCGCUGAGACUGCUCAAGUGCCAGACAGGGAGUGACAGGAACGACGAAGCUGGACACAACGCGACGCCCAGCGCGGCGCUGGACAACUUGCUGUGUGAUUUUGCCCAUGUGAAAGACGUGGUCGGCUUUACGGAGUACUACGCGGAGGAAGAGCGCUAUAAGCACUGA